AUGAACAUCGUUGCCCUGAGCAAACGUUUAAUCUCUCCUCGAUUCUCUAAUCCUGUUUCUCUCCACGGAAUCAACGAUGCCCUCGCAGAAACUGUUGUCUCCGGUCGGAAACCAAUCCUCGGAUUUUACGGCCGAUCCUUUCACCACCUGCGUAAAGUUGGGAAUUACGUAGCCCCUCGUGUGUUCUUCGUGUCUUCGCGUUUUCGAAAUCUAUCGACGAAUUCUUCUUCUUCUUCGUCGAAACAACCUGCGUUUCUACGAUGGUAUUUGAGAAAACUGGAGUCGAACCCUUUCAUGACCAAGAGCAUCACUACUUCUCUCAUCUAUAUGGCCGCCGAUCUCACUUCUCAGAUGAUCACAAUGCAGCCAUCUGGUUCAUACGACCUGAUAAGAACAGCAAGAAUGGCUAGCUUCGGGUUGGUAUUUCUCGGUCCGUGUCAGCAUGUAUGGUUCAGUUAUCUCUCUAGAAUAUUGCCGAACCGCGACGUUUUGACAACCUUCAAGAAGAUAAUGAUGGGACAGGCUCUUUUCGGGCCUUUUAGCAACACCGUCUUCUACUCCUAUAACGCUGCUUUACAAGGUGAAACUUCUGAGGAGAUUUUGGCGAGAUUGAAGCGAGAUCUUGUGCCAACGUUGAGAAAUGGACUUUUGUAUUGGCCUCUCUGUGAUUUUGUUACGUUCAAGUAUGUGCCUGUUCAUCUACAGCCACUGAUGAAUAGCUCUUGCGCGUAUAUAUGGACGAUUUAUUUGACGUAUAUGGCAAAUCAGACGAAAGCUGACAGCUGA